AGAAUGAGAAUACUAUCAAUCGGACAUCAUCAUAGCCCUAAGCCGGACCGACUGGCUGGCUGGCUCCUCGUCCGAACGCCAAACGACAUAACAAGACACAUUGCGUACGCACGCAUGUGUCGACCGACAUCUUCCUUCCAUAUUACUUGUAAUCCUUACCUACACCACCAAGUCAAAGAGAUUUCCCGGAAGGAUCCUCACCCCAACCACAAGCUACCGCUUAGCGUACACUGAACCCUUCACUCAACCAUCAAGCCUUGUACAUUCAAACUCAUCAGCCAACAUGCCCAAAGGAUACGCAAUCCACGACACCAAAGACUGGACCAACUUCAAGGUCGAGGAUUUUGACCUCAAGCCCGCCGAGGACGAUGAUAUUACCCUCUCCAUCACACACUGCGGUGUAUGCGGAAGUGACGUCCACACCAUCUCGGGCGGCUGGGGCAAGCUUGCUGUUCCUUAUGUCAUUCCCGGCCACGAAAUCAUCGGCACCGUCACCGAGGUUGGCAAGAAUGUCAAGGACGUAAAGGUUGGCGACCGCGUCGGCGUUGGCGCCCAGGUCAGCUCAUGCAUGAACUGCGUUCCCUGCUGGAACGACAAUGAGAACUACUGUCGUGGUGACGGAAAAAAGGGCGUGCUCGACACGUACAACUCCAAGUACGCCGACGGCAGCAUUGCCCAGGGCGGCUACUCGACCCAGAUUCGCGCCCACCAGCAGUUUGUCUUCCCCAUCCCCGACGCGAUCAGCAGCGAGAACGCGGCCUCUAUGCUUUGCGCGGGCAUCACUUCAUACUCGCCGCUCUUACGCAACGGUUGUGGCCCCGGCAAGCGUGUCGGCAUCGUCGGGAUCGGUGGUCUCGGACACAAACUACGCUUCCACUCACCUCAGUACGGCGUUCUGUUCGCCGCUGCGAUGGGUGCUGAGGUGAUCGCCAUCUCGCACUCACCUUCCAAGCGAGAGGACGCACUCAAGAUGGGCGCCAAGGAGUUCAUCUCGACCAAGGAGACUCCCAACUGGGCCAAGAAGCUCGCCCAGAACCCGCUCGACCUUAUUGUCAGCACUGCAUCCUCAAGCGCUGUCGACCUACCUGCCAUGCUCUCCACUCUCAACGUUCACGGCAAGCUCGUCUUCGUCGGCAUGCCUGAGGACUCGUUCAAGGACAUGCGCGUCCAAGCCUUCGCUGGGAACGGAUGCUUCUUCGGCUCUAGUCACAUCGGAAGCAGGAAGGAGGUCCUCUCCAUGCUGAAGCUCGCCGCCGAUAAGGAGAUCAAGCCAUGGAUCGAGGUCCUGCCUAUGAGCCGCUGCUCGGAGGCUGUCAAGCGAGUUUCCGAUAACGACGUCAAGUACCGCUUUGUGCUCAAGCAGGAUCUGGAAUAGUCAACUCAGCUGCUCGUAUAGCACCACUGCUGCCCUCACGCACUCUCUCCGUGCGUUCUUGUCGAACGCGCAUGCGGUAGUCGUGAUGCAAUGUUUUGGAGAUUUUAAGCUAGCCCGAGACUUUCACGCCGGAAUCCGCGACUCAUCACUGAGUGGAGAUGCCUGCCACGCCAAAACCUACAGUAAUCAACAAAAGCCCAUUUCGUGACAAACUCUCAUCAAAGUGCUACAGUUGGUGUAUACAAAAUAAAUGUGACUGCUUCGUGAAUGGACGGGGAUGCGUGCUAUCGUAAAGGUAUCAAUUCCGCCGGGUCCCAUCGUAAAAAAGGUCGUGCAGAGCGCAGGGUAUCUUGUAGCAUGUGG